AUGGCUCCAUACAGCUAUUCUCGACCACUCGAUAGGGCGAAGAAUGAGAUCAGGCUAUUGCGCAUCAGGCCUGGCUCAUCGAUGACCGAUGACCUGCAAUGCAGGAUCGAUUACGCCUCUUUACACGAGCAUCCAGUCUUCAGCGCACUUUCAUACACCUGGAACGGGAAAGUCAAUGACCCUGCCUUGGCCCAUGCUCCCACGGUUCUUCACAUCAUCAGCAACAACGCAUCGAUAGAGAUCACACCAAAUCUAAACGCUGCUCUACGGUAUCUCCGGCCAAAGUGCAGUCCUCCCUUAGACGAAGAACUCAUUCUGUGGGUUGAUGCAGUCUGUAUCAACCAGGAAGACAACACGGAGAAAGCCUGGCAAGUCGCCCAAAUGCAACGCGUCUAUUCUCAAGCCUCCCGCGUGAUCGUUUGGCUGGGCCCACCUGCAGAUGGCAGCAACAUUGCCAUUAAUACCCUUCUUGCCAUGCGUCGUUUUGCUUUACGAGCCAGUAUUGCCAAACUGCUGAGUCGAGAGUGGUGGGGUCGAGUGUGGGUGUGGCAGGAGCUUGUCAUGGCGAAGGAGGUGGUC